AGUGGUGCACGCAUAAUGAUAGUUCGGAAAUUAAUGCUUGUUUACCGACCUCUACUUAAAAGAGUGCGGGGAAUGUGGACAAUUAUUGUCAACAUUCUUAAUAAUCCACCACUAUCAAAAGAAGAACGAGCAUGCAAGUCAUUUCAUUAUGGUACCACUGGAGAAUUCAACACCAUCCACUAUAAAUCACUAACCAACACCAUCCCCAUUCAACCAUGUGCUUCCCUCAUUUUCUUUGAAAUGAUCAUGGUUUUAUUCAAGCAAUAUUCUUCAGUUACAUUGUUUCUCCCCUUCCUUCUUUUCCUCCUAGUGAAUUCCCAGAUCAUUGUAAGUCCAUUACCAUUAGUCCCGGACAUUUUAAGCUUCAUAGACCAGAGGCUCGCUGAAGUCUUCCCAAUCAUCCAAACUUUCAAGAACACAAUCACCUCAGACCCUUUAGGAAUAACCACAAAUUGGGUCGGUCCCAACAUAUGCAACUACACAGGCUUCUACUGCGAUCACCCGCCGGAUAACUUCACCGCCACCACGGUCGCCUCCAUAGAUUUCAACGGCUUUGGCCUCUCUGCGCCCACCCUUGACGGCUUCAUCGAUCAACUCCCAGACUUAGCACUCUUCCACGCCAAUAGCAACAACUUCUCUGGCACCAUUUCACCGAAAAUAGCAACACUCAAGAACCUAUACGAACUCGAUCUAAGUAACAACUUGUUCUCUGGGGCAUUUCCAACUUCUGUCCUUAACCUCCCUACAUUAUCCUUUUUGGAUAUCAGGUACAACCUCUUCACCGGCGUGUUGCCGCCACCAAUUUUCACGCAACCAUUGGACGCGAUUUUUCUCAACAACAACAACUUCAUCCUAACACUUCCCAACAAUUUAGGGGACACGAAAGCAGCUUAUCUCACCUUAGCCAACAACAAAUUCACCGGCUCUAUUCCCAGUAGCAUUGGAAGAGCAUCAUCAACGUUGGUCGAAGUGCUGCUGUUGAACAAUCUCUUAACUGGUUGUCUCCCUUACCAAAUUGGGUUCUUGAAAAAUCUAACCGUGUUCGACGCAGGCGGGAACCGCUUGACGGGGCCGUUACCGUGCUCAUUUGGGUGCUUGAAGAAAGUGGAGCAGCUAAACCUGGCGAGGAACAUGCUGUCCGGACAGGUUCCAGAAGCGGUGUGCACGUUGAGGAGUUUGGCGAAUUUUUCUCUGUCAUAUAAUUACUUCACGGUAUUGGGGCCCUUGUGCAUGAAGUUGGUAAGAAGUGGUGUUUUGGAUGUGAGGAAGAAUUGUAUUUCCGGUCUUCCUAAUCAGAGAUCUUUGACCGAGUGUGCAACGUUCUCCUUGCUUCCAACAACUUGUUCGCGCCCUGCAUCGUGUAGUGACAUGCCGUGUGAGGUUUCUUCAGGGAGCAAGCCACGAGAGAGAGCUAAAAGGAAUUUGUUGUCAUAUUAUGCUCUUUCGAGAAAUAGAGUAGUUUUGUAACUCAAAAUUGUGUUUAGGUCACAAAUAUAGUGGAAAUAGAUUACCUAGAAUAGUGUUUACCAACUGAAAUCAAUAUGUUUAGUUGCACGCUCUAAUUACACUUACACUUGGUAGAGAAAUGAAAA